AUUUAAAACGAUAAGACUUGGCUUUUGCCGGCAUUUUGCUCUGCUUCUUCCUUAGUAAUGUUAAUUACUUGGAAUCUCGAAGGUGUUCUAGGAUUUUGAGAUCGAUCGAAGCUUUGAAGUGAAUAUUUUAUUUUAUUUUUCUAUAUUUUAUUGUUCGGUUCAUGGGUUCUCCGACUUGCGAUCCCAUUGGAUAUGCUGAUGGAAAUUUGGGGAACAAUGGUGUAACCAACUUGAGUUCCCCUGCAAGGAAUGGUGAUUCAGGGGGCAAGGUUGUUGAGAGAGUUGAAAAUGGUGUUGCUGACACUGAACAGGCAAAUGAGGAUUCACCAUAUAGCGGGAAUGUUUUGUUGGUUGAAAAUAGGCCUUCUGUGGUUGAUGAGGACUUGGACUCUGCAGCAGCACCAUUGCCUUCAGUAUCAAAAUCUAACAUUGGACACAGAUGGAGUGACAUAACUUCGUACGGUACCAAAAAGAAGGUUCAGUGUUGGUUUCAACAUCCAAAUGGGAAUUGGGAGCUGGGGAGAGUAAUAUCAACUUCAGGAACGGAGUCUGUUAUAUCACUUCCUGAUGGGAAAGUUUUAAAGGUGAACUCUGAUAGUUUGAUACCUGCAAAUCCUGAUAUCCUUGACGGGGUGGAUGAUCUCAUGCAACUUAGUUACUUAAAUGAGCCAUCGGUGUUGUUCAAUCUCCAAUAUAGAUACAAGCAAGAUAUGAUAUAUACAAAAGCAGGACCAGUUUUGGUUGCCAUCAAUCCUUUUAAAAAAGUUCCUUUAUAUGGCAAUGACUACAUUGAAGCAUACAAGAAUAAAUCCAUUGAGAGCCCGCAUGUCUAUGCAAUUGCUGACACAGCCAUCCGGGAGAUGACACGUGAUGAAGUAAAUCAAUCUAUCAUCAUAAGUGGUGAGAGUGGAGCAGGAAAAACUGAGACAGCAAAGAUAGCAAUGCAAUAUUUGGCAGUUCUUGGUGGUGGGAGCGGAAUAGAGUAUGAAAUCUUGAAGACCAAUCCUAUCCUAGAAGCAUUUGGUAAUGCAAAAACAUUGAGAAAUGACAACUCAAGCCGUUUUGGAAAGUUGAUUGAAAUCCAUUUUAGUGAAACUGGAAAAAUAUCUGGAGCCAAGAUUCAAACCUUUCUACUAGAGAAGUCUAGAGUGGUCCAAUGUGCAGAGGGAGAAAGGUCAUACCACAUAUUUUAUCAGCUUUGUGCUGGUGCUCCUCGUGCUCUUCGAGAGAAGCUAAAUUUGAAGGAUGUGGACGAGUAUAAAUAUUUGAAGCAGAGUAAUUGCUAUUCUAUUACUGGGGUUAAUGAUGCUGAACAUUUUCACAUAGUUAAGGAAGCUUUGGAUAUUGUCCAUGUUAGCAAAGAAGACCAAGAGAGUGUGUUUGCAAUGCUUGCUGCAGUACUGUGGCUGGGAAAUGUCUCAUUCACCAUUAUUGAUAAUGAAAACCAUGUAGAAGCUGUGCAAGAUGAAAGUUUAAUCAAUGUUGCCAAGUUGAUUGGAUGUGACGCUGCAGACCUUAAUCUGGCUUUAUCAACUCGCAAAAUGCGAGUUGGUAGUGAUAAUAUUGUCCAAAAGCUAACACUAUCACAGGCGGUUGAGACAAGAGAUGCCCUGGCAAAAUCAAUUUAUGCUGGUUUGUUUGAGUGGCUGGUAGAGCAAAUUAACAAAUCACUUGCUGUUGGCAAGAGGCUAACAGGAAGAUCUAUCAGCAUUCUUGAUAUUUAUGGCUUUGAAUCGUUUGAUAGGAAUAGUUUUGAACAGUUCUGCAUUAAUUAUGCAAAUGAGAGAUUGCAGCAGCAUUUUAAUCGCCAUCUAUUCAAGUUGGAACAGGAGGAAUAUAUUCAAGAUGGCAUUGAUUGGGCAAAAGUUGAUUUUGAUGACAACCAAGAUUGUCUUCAUCUUUUUGAAAAGAAACCUUUGGGAUUGUUGUCUUUGUUAAAUGAGGAGUCCACUUUUCCUAAUGGCACGGACUACACUUUUGCCAACAAGCUCAAGCAACAUCUGAAUUCUAAUCCUUGUUUUAAGGGAGAGCGAGAAAAGGCUUUCACUGUCUCCCAUUUUGCAGGGGAGGUCACAUAUGACACAACUGGAUUUUUAGAGAAGAACAGAGACUUACUGCACCUGGAUUCAAUUCAACUACUGUCCUCGUGCUCAUGCCACCUUCCUAAAGCAUUUGCAUCAAAUAUGCUUAACCAGUCUGAAAAGCCUGUAGUUGGUCCUUUACAUAAGGCUGGUGGUGCAGAUUCUCAGAAGUUAAGUGUUGCGACUAAAUUUAAGGGUCAACUCUUCCAACUAAUGCAACGUCUAGAGAGCACCACUCCACAUUUCAUACGUUGUAUAAAGCCCAACAACUUUCAGUCUCCUGGAUCAUAUGAGCAAGGACUUGUGUUGCAGCAAUUGAGAUGUUGUGGAGUCCUAGAGGUUGUUCGUAUAUCGCGGUCUGGCUAUCCGACCAGAAUGCCUCACCAGAAGUUUGCCAAAAGGUAUGGUUUUCUUCUACUGGAAAAUGCUGCCUCGCAAGAUUCACUUAGCGUUUCAGUUGCGAUUCUUCAUCAAUUUAACAUUUUGCCUGAGAUGUAUCAAGUUGGCUACACAAAAUUGUUUUUCCGUACCGGACAGAUUGGGAUUCUUGAGGAUACACGAAAUCGUACACUGCAUGGCAUUUUACGUGUUCAAAGCUGCUUUAGAGGACACCAAGCUUGCCGUCACUUUAAGGAGCUUCAAAGAGGCAUUGCCACCAUACAAUCAUUUGUCAGAGGAGAUAAAACCAGGAAAGAAUAUGCUGUCUUACUGCAGAGACAUAGAGCUGCUGUUAUUAUACAAAAGCAGAUUAAAGGCAUGAAUGCUAAGAAAACAUUCAAGAACAUUAGAGAUGCAUCAAUUGUGAUACAAUCAGCAAUUCGUGGCUGGUCAGUCAGAAGAUGCUCUGGAGAUAUUGGAUUCAAGUCUGGGGUCCCUAAGGCGGAUGAACCAGACGAGGUGCUGGUCAAGUCAUCAUUUCUUGCUGAACUACAGCGCCGAGUUCUUAAAGCCGAGGCUGCUCUGCGGGAGAAAGAAGAGGAGAAUGAUAUCCUCCACCAGCGGCUCCUACAAUAUGAAAACCGUUGGUCCGAAUACGAGCUAAAAAUGAAGUCCAUGGAAGAAGUGUGGCAGAAACAAAUGAGGUCGCUACAAUCCAGCCUCUCCAUUGCAAAGAAGAGCCUAGCAGUUGACGAGUCGGAGAGGAGUUCAGAUGCAUCAAUUAACACGAGUGAUGAUAGAGAGUAUUGCUGGGACACGGGUAAUAACCUUAAGGUCCCCGAGAGCAACGGCUUGAGACCAAUGAGUGCAGGUUUAAGCGUUAUAAGCCGGUUGGCCGAGGAAUUCGAGCAGAGGAGUCAAGUCUUUGGUGAUGAUGCAAAGUUCUUGGUGGAAGUAAAAUCAGGUCAGGUUGAUGCAAGCCUGAACCCGGACCGUGAGCUUAGAAGGUUGAAGCAGAUGUUCGAAACUUGGAAGAAGGAUUAUGCGACGAGAUUACGAGAAACGAAAGUGGUAUUGAAUAAACUAGGAAACGAAGACGGUGCACUUGACAAGGUGAAAAAGAAGUUCUGGGGCAGGAGGAACAGCACCAGAUUUGGCUUUUAGCAGAAGCAUCAAACUUAACGAGCUUCUGUCAAGAAUUAGAAGAAAGUCUUGGAUUCACGCUGGAGGAGAAUCUCGAGCUUGAAAUAUAGACGCCUAACGUCAAUAAACCCUGUAAGAUAUGCCACAUUUAAGCUAAAUGGCGAAGCAAAUGUUGAGUUAAUGCUUGAUGAGAAUUGCUCAACUGAGAAUGUUGUAGUAGAGCUAUAUGCCCAGUUUGGCAAUAUAGAGGAAGGUGGUCUGAGUUCGUGAUUUUUCGUAAUUCGGAGUAGCUGAUUAAACUAGUUUUCAUACUUAAGAAGCUUGAAUACGAGUAAUUUUAGCAUGUUUUAGUUAUGUUUUCCAUAUUAGCUUUAAAUUUAAUAAAAAAAAUGUAUUUUGAGUUGUUUUAUGGCCUUAGGGGCCGAAUGAGGCCUAAGGGUGAACUAAUGUACUAAGUGAGUGUGCAGGACAUCAUUCAAAGACAAAAUAGCUCAAGGCUGGUCGCUGUGUUGCAACACGGGAAGUUCAAUGUCGAAACAGAGGGAUUAAAAUACAAGAAUUUUAAGACUGCCUUUGGUGUCGCGACACAGCUAUAGGAUGUCGUGAUACACCCCUAAAGCCAAACCUAAACCAGGUAGACUGCCUUCAGUGUCACAACACAUGCACUAGAGUGUCGCGACAUCAUCCUUGUACGAGAAUAAAUAUGAGACAGUCUGUACAAUGGAAAUUAACACGAAAACGUCAACAAACCUAGGGUUGAGGACGACGACCAAGCCUAACUCUAUAAAUAGGCUUAGUUAGCACUUGUUUAGGGACAACUUUUCAGACUCUAAGUUUCUCUAUAUAAUUUUAGUUUUAGUUUUUCUUUUUUUAGGCUUUAGGUUUAUUUUCAAUUCUUUUCUGUUCGUGUCCUUUGGAGGACUUAUUUUUGUAAACGUGAUCAAAUGUUUGAGGAUUAUUGCACUUCAUCAAUCAAAUACAAACAAGAUUCUCUAAA